AUGAGGCUCAUGAGGCUCGUCGACGGCGACGCGGAACUCGAGGUGAUAAUCGGCGAUGUCCCCGUCGACGACGAAGCCCAUCGUUUCGGCAACCACUUUGACCACCACCGCAUCCCGCUAGCGGUGAUCCGAGCGCUGGCAGUGCCUGUGUAUACCAAAGAUGCCGCCACUGAGGACUGGUUCCGCAAGAUGGUGGCUGCCCCCUCCGUGGCCGUGAAACCGGUGCUGGUGAUGUUUGAGGCUAAGCAACUGGGCCGUCUCUACGUGUUUUACUAUCGAGAACCAGGCAUAGGCCUCAUUAUUGUUGAUUUCUCCUUACUUGACCGUCCUGUCAAUGCCUGCGUGAAACCCCUAAAUUUGAUCCAAACACCAGCACCAGAAGCCACCCAAGCCAAGAGAACCGAGAGCAAUGUGCUUGAUCAGUUUAUGGACCACCGUAAACGGAAACUGGUCCCGGAAAUCAGACCGCCACAACCGGAAAUCCAGCUUAGUAAAGCCGUGGCCAAAUCAGUGAUGCUGGGGCUCCGAAUACGAGGAUUGACGACUGCUGAUGACCAUACAAAACAGUUAUACCAGCUUACGGUGAAGGCAGCGACAUUCACCUUGAAACGACGGAAACAGACUCCAUCGGCAGCGGAGAUCCAGGAAGUGGUCGAACGCCUCUUGGAAGUGAUGGCUGAUUAA